CAUAUAUUUAUGCGAUUGGGGCCAGCUUUUGGUCAUUAGGAAAGGCUUGCUUGUCCUCCCAUCUCUUCCUCUCUCCCUCUCUUUCCUUGUGUGUGGUUUCUGGGAGAAGAAAGAGGGACAGAGAGAGAGAGGAAUAAAAAGGUGGGCAAGGACAUGGAGAUGGCCAUGAUUUCACCUCAGGCCCUUCCUCUCUCCCCAAACACUUCCCGAUAGAUUCCAUCCCCUCUCUAUCAUCCUGGGUUUCCUCCCACCUUUUCUCAUCUUAAUUGCAAAGGUUUCUGCGGGAUAACAUUUGUUUUGGCGAGACUCUAGCUAGCUCUGGUGAAGGAGAAUCAACAAGAGUUUGGAGAGGGGAAAAGGGAUGGAAGGCGAGAGCUUCUCGGGGAUGGGCAAUGGAGGCGGCGGCGGCGGAGGGGGGCACCACCAGGUGGUGGACGGGAAGCUGAUCCAGACGUUCCACAAGAGCUUCGUGCAGGUGCAGAGCAUCCUGGACCAGAACCGGAUGCUCAUCUCCGAGAUCAACCAGAACCACGAGUCCCGGGCGCCGGACAGCCUCACCCGCAACGUCGGACUCAUUCGGGAGCUCAACAACAACAUCCGCCGCGUCGUCGGCCUCUACGCCGACCUCUCCGCCUCCUUCGCGCACCGUGGUGCCGCCAUGGACGGCGGCUCCUCGGAGGGCGACUCUUCGGGCACGCUGCGCUCCUCCGAUGCCGCCGGCCGCGCCGCCGCCGCCGCCGGACAGAAGCGCGUCCGACCCGGCUAGCUUGGCCCGACCGGAUGGUGCCUGCCGUUUCUUGGCAUCGCCAUGGAUGCUGUGUAGCAGCUAGCGAGAAAGGAUGUGAGUUACUGAUGAGAUGUUUGCUACUCCUACUUACUAGUACUAGGCUAGUUCUUCCUUGCUUAAUUUCUUGCUGUGCUUCUUCUUCUUUGCCGCAAAGUGCUUUUCCUCAACCCUUGAUGGUGAGAAAAAGGAAAACUUUUCUGUACAAGUCCAUGUGACGAUGAGCAAAAAACACCAGUUCUUGAGAAA